GCACCCAAAGUUGCUCCUACUCAUCAGCUCAAGUGGCAAGGCUUAUUGGCUGAUACACCAAAAGUCUCUUCUUAGUACACGUCUGUUAUCUUUUCAAUUUAUUUUCUAAUAUUUCCUCCAUUUUCCAACUCAAGAAAAGAAAGCUUUUUUUUAGGCAUGGCUAUUUAUACAUUUUCCCUUAAUUUAUGGACGAUUAUGAAUUCUUAGAGAGAAUUAGAAGGGAGGCAAAAAGGCGGGUUGGAGCAUUCUUGAAUAUAUAUUACUGUUUAGCAGUUUAUCCGAAUUCCAAUUCGACGACAAGUAAUUGACGGCGGAAUCCGAUGGGUCGACCUCCGAGCAACGGCGGUCCUUCCUUCCGCUUCAAUCCGGUCGAGGUUGGAGACAUGGAGGCUAUUUUGCAAGCACACAAUUACACAGUGCCUUCGCGUGAGAUACUUGAGGCUCUUGCUCAACGGUUUAGUAACUCUGCUGAAAGAGCUGGAAAGGUGGAAGUUUCAGGAAAACAGGUCUGGAAUUGGUUCCAAAAUAGGAGAUAUGCUCUGAGAGCAAAGGCAGCUAGGACUUCUGCUCCUGGGGAAGUGAAUAUGCAGGCUGUGCCUCGAGAUGAUCAAUCUGUAGUAAGAAAUGUGCCUCAGGCACCUCAACCUCAGGUCUCUCAACCGCCGCCCGCUCCCCCAAAUAUGGUGAGAAGUAUGCCUCAGUUUCCUCAACCUCCUCCCGCUCAACCAGCACAAAAUGCCACCAGGAGUGUGUCAGAGAAUUCUUUGAUGGAGUUUGAAGCUAAAUCUGCCCGAGAUGGUGCAUGGUACGAUGUUGCAUCUUUCUUAUCACAUAGAUCAGUAGAGAGUGGAGAUCCGGAAGCUAUGGUUCGUUUUGCUGGUUUUGGACAAGAAGAGGAUGAGUGGGUCAAUAUUCGCAGGCACAUUAGACAGCGGUCACUUCCGUGUGAAUCAUCAGAAUGUGUGGCAGUUCUACCUGGAGAUUUGAUACUGUGCUUUCAGGAAGGCAAAGAACAGGCCCUAUAUUUUGAUGCUCAUGUUCUUGAUGCACAAAGGCGGAGGCAUGACGUAAGAGGCUGUCGUUGCAGGUUUCUGGUACGAUAUGAUCACGACCAAUCCGAGGAAAUAGUCCCGCUCAGGAAGAUCUGCCGUCGGCCCGAGACGGAUCACAGGCUACAGCAACUUCAUGCUAUGCCAGUAAACAUGAAUCCACAGAAAACUGUUAUCCAAGUUCAAGCAGGGAACGCUUUGAAAGUUGACGCUGCUGACAGUGCAAUACCGAAACAACAACCCAAGCAGGAUGAGCGCGUCGAUACUUCAUCGUCAACGACGGCCUCCGUGACUCCUAGUGCCGUCCCUGUCCCCACCGAGUCUAAAUUACUGCCGUCUAAGGCUACCGGUGCUGGAAAUGCAACUGCUGAAGCAAAUACUGUUGCAGUGAGCGCAGCUGGUGGUGGUGCAGUGCCUAGUUUGCCGCAGAUGUAGAAUCUUGUUAUACAUAUUGUUUUAUUUUGUUAGUCAUUAAAAAGUUAGCAUUUAGCUCAUGUUUUUGUUGUAGGAAUGUGAAUGAUAAGUAGAAGGAAUGAUGUUUGUCUCGCUCCACCUUUAUAUAUCUUACAACUUUUGCCUAACUUAGGCCAACAA